CGUAGCUCUCCCAAAGAAACCGGGGGGCCGAAGGAUAUUUUCUGUUCCGGUCGGAAAUGCACAAACAUCGUCUGUUCAGGGGCUUGCUAUACGUAAUCUGCAAUCAUGCUUGGCUUCAGGAGAUCAGCGAAAGGAGGCUGUGCCCGCCGAGAGUCCACGGCAUCGUGGGCGCAGCAGCCGGGUUGGAACAUGUUGAACAUCGACACCAGGGAGGUUGGGACGCGUACGCAUCACUACAACUCCCCUUGGCACCAGGUUUCUCGGUGCUCAUGGUAAAAGAAAGGGACAACAUGGUCUUCUAUCACGCCGGUGCCUCCCUUCACCGGUCUUCUCCCUUCUUUUGCCCGAAAUCCUCGCUCAUCGAGUCUGUUUUCUAUCCUGCCAGUGCCUGCGACGCGGCUAAACUCUUUCGAGGCCAUACGAUACCGUCACCAACCAUCAACAUAUUUAUCGAGGAUGGGAGACAACGGCGGAUACGCGGUCGGGAGCGUCUGGUUUUACGACCCGAACAAGAUUGCGCCAAUCGUCUUCGCAGCCGUCUUCGGUGCUUCAGGACUAGUUCACGCCUGGCAAUGCUACCGUUAUAAAUGUUGGAAACUCACGGGGUGGGCAGUUGCUGGUGCCGCUGCAUACUGCGGUAGUUUUGUCGCCCGCGCCUUCGGUGCCGCAGACUACAAAGACCUGACGGCAUAUGUCGUGCACUUCAACUUCGUGUUCGCGGCUCCUCCCCUCUUCGAGCUCCUCAACUAUGGCGUUCUUGCCCGCGUAGCUUACUACCUCCCCUAUCACUGCCCUAUUCACCCCGGCCGCCUCAAGACCACCUUCACGACCCUCGCCACCAUCAUCGAGGUCCUUGGUGGCUACGGCGCCUACUAUGCCUCGAAGCGGAACGAGCCCGAGGGAGAACAAGCCAUCGGACGCGGUUGCCUCCUGGCAUCUCUGAUCCUCCAGACUAUAUUGAUCGCCGUCUUCCUGGGUCUGACCUCUGUCUUCCAUGCCCGCGUUCGCCGCGCCCGUACCGUACGGGGCUCGGGUCCCAACUCCGUCAUUUGGGUACUCUACGCCAGCUCUGCCUUGAUUCUCGCUCGGACUGUCUUCCGCGUUGUCGACAUCGUCAACCUUGCCGCUUUUGACCCCGAGCAGAACGACUUCGAUCCAUCCCUGGUGCCGGCCGUCGUCCGCUUCGAGUGGCCUUUCUACGUCUUCGAAGCUUCCAUCAUGCUCGUCAACCAGCUUAUGCUUCAUGUGGCCCACCCACGUAGGCACCUUCCCGAGAACAAUGCUGUCUACCUUGCCCAGGACGGUAUGACAGAGCUCAAGGGACCCGGGUUCAAGGACAACCGCAAUUGGUGCCUCAUCCUCAUGGACCCGCUAGAUUUCAUUGGCCUUUUCAAACGGACGGACAAGUCAAUGAACUUCUGGCAGAACAACGGCUUCAGCGAGCUCGGCGAGAACGUCAGGGAUCGGCCCACGCGCGUCCAGCAUCGUCGAAGACGCAGACGUUGAGUCAGGACUGGGCAAAACGGGCAGUCAAGGCCUUGUUGUCCCAGGCUCUCCUGUUGUUUGCUUCGGUUAGAAUCAAAGUACUUCGCACGUUGUUUGCAAUAUGUAUUGAUAUUAUAUAUCCAUAGCACAUCUCCGGUCUUGAUCGGUUAGUUGCAUUAGAAUCUAGUCAUCCCCGCUCUUCAAAUAUGCCGA